AUGAAUGAAUACAAUCCGUCGAAUUCAGAACUCAAAAGAUAUUCUCGAAACAUUCUUAAAAAGAUGAAAAGAGGCAGAUCAUUAGAACAAGAAGACAUAUAUUUUCUUUUCAAAAAGAUAUUAAAAUAUCCAAAUGAAAUUAAAAAUAUUCCACCAGAAUCUGCCAAAGCAAUCAUGGACAUUGUAUCAAAAGUACAUAAAUCUAAACCAGAUGAUGAACAAAUCAAUGAAGCAACUACAGUUUUAUGGAAAGUAAUAGAGCCUAUAUUUACUCCCGUAGAUACUCAUAAAAUUAUCGAUAAUUUCUUAGUUCCAAGAGUUAUUCCUACAUUUGAUGAAAGCCAUCCUUUUAAGGAAAGUACAUCGCAACUGAGAUCAAAAAUUUCACCGACAUCUGUACUACUAUCUACGAUAGUUAAAUGUAAUCCAUCUGAUAAACAAAUUCCUUCCGAAUCAAUUUCAGGAGUGAAGGAUCAAGAAUGGAUGGAUUUAGAUAUAAAUACUAAAAUACAAUACGAAUUAGAGUCAAUUGGCCUGGGCGACCAACCAAUAUUAACAAUAACAAAUGAAUUACGUCAAUCAUUCAUUGAAUCUAAAAGAUUAGAAACUAUAUCAAUAUUUGAAUCAAAUAUCAUGAAGAAUUCGAUCGCACAAAAAAUAAAAUCCGAACUCAAAAAUACAAAAGAAAUCACAGCUUUCAAUUCAAAUAGAUUAUAA